CGUCUAAGCCGAAACACGAGGCAGUGAAAAGCACUGACCAAGCCCACACAGAAAAAAGGAGAUCAGAGGCAGUCUCGCAGGGCAUGACGUCGCCCUAUUGGAUGAAUGGUCAUCCUUUUCCACCUAAGGCAAAGGUUUGCAUAUUUGUCGGCAAUGAAGAUUCUGACGGAGACUUCAUGCAUUGCACAGGCGGGGGGGAGGUGGAGGUGGAGUGGUUGGAGACCCUGGGGAACAACAAAUGGCCAGUUAGUGGGAGAGAUAGUAGACUUGUCAAUGCAGGACCUAAAAACAGGACUUACUUGUUUUUUCCUUUUUAUUUUCUAUUUUUCCUUAACUUUUUCUACAUUUUUUUCUUAUUUCUCCUUUUUUUUUCGGAUUGCGUUGGCCACUAGUGAGGAGAGUCAGGUAUAUUCGCUGGUGUUUACUCCUGAACUUGGACUGCAGUCAAAAAUUGGGCGCACCGCCUCAGUGGCGGAUGAUCGCCCCGCUCCAAAGGCAAAAUAUCUCAGAGCCGACGAUUUUGUCUGUGUAGGUCUGAGGCAGAAGAUCAUAGCCUGUCAACUACAGUGACAUGACAGACGGUCACUUGAGGCAAACUCCGGAAUUGCUAAUCCCUUGAUGUCUCGACAUCGGGUAAAUAGUGAUUUUACACACGGCUAGUGAGAGCUUAUAU